AUGACAUUUGUUCAAUGCCCCGAUACCGUCACCACAGACAGGGGCGGGGUCAUUGAGAACAGGCACUUAGUCCAUGCGGCCAUCGUCGAUUCCACCGGCAAACUUCUAUUUUCUGUCGGGGACCCAACAAGAAUCACAUUGGCGCGAUCGGCUGCAAAGCCUAUCCAGUCACUGGCAAUUCUGGAAACUGGCGCAUUUGACAAAUUCGACUUUGAUGAUGCAGACUUAGCAUUGAUGUGCGCUUCACACAGUAGCGAAGAGCAACACAUCGCCCGCGCCCGGACAAUGCUUCUCAAGGCAAAUGCGAAUGAAGCUGAUAUGAGAUGCGGUCCGCAUACGCCGCUUUCUGGCGCUGUCAAUCGCGCAUGGAUCAAAAGCGAUUAUGCACCGACUGCUAUAUGCAGUAAUUGCUCGGGCAAGCAUGCUGGCAUGCUGGCUGGGGCCAAAGCGCUCGGUGCCGAGACUGAAGAGUAUCACCUUUCGAGCCAUCCGAUUCAACUGCAGGUGCGGCGUGUUUUUGAAGAGCUCUGCUAUCCGGACGAGAAGAACGUACCCUGGGGGCUUGAUGGUUGUAAUCUUCCGGCCCCAGCCACAUCACUUCGCCUACUGAGCAAGCUCUACGCCACAGUCGCUGCCUCUGCCGAUCAGCUUGAUAGCGACAACAUUGAUCAACAUACAAUCAGUCAGCUCCGCGCCCGCUCGUUGGCUCGAAUCUACCGCGCUAUGUCACAAUUUCCCGAACUUGUCGGCGGCGAAGGUAGGUUUUGUACCGAGCUCAUGCGCGCAUUCAAAGGAGACCUGAUCGGCAAACUUGGCGCUGAUGGGUGUUACGGAAUCGGUAUUCGAGAAUCGGAGCAGACCCGAAAGUUGGGGGCGAAGGGGGCUCUGGGAAUCGCAGUAAAAAUUGAGGAUGGGAACGUCGACAUGCUAUAUGCAGCCGUUGUAGAGAUCUUGAAGCGGUUGCACAUCGGAACGUCAGAAACACAUCAGGUCCUCGAGAGCUUCCGAUCUCCCAAGAUCUGCAACACGGUGGGGGUUGUCACCGGCCAUGUGUCCCAUUCAUUCCGGCUGCGUGCUGAAGUGGGAGCCUGCGAGUGA